GUGGGGAAGGGCUUAAAGGCUGAGUCAAAAGCCAAGAAGUCUCUUUAUUUACGCCUACCUCCCAGCCCCUGGCAGUCUGACUAAUAACAAACUGAGCUAACAGGAAAGACUAGAAAGAACAGAGAGAACACAGGAGCAGCUUGCAUCUAAAAAUCUGACAAACCAAGUGAUCAAGUCAAGCUCUGCUGAGCAUCUUGUUUAUUUACUGCAUCCAAAUGCUUGCAAACAGUUAACUAUAUGCAGAAAAGUCAGCCUAGCUGUGAAGUAUGCUGUGAAUUUUAAUUGAGGAAAAAGGACAACUGCUUACAGGAUGGUCUGAUGUGCACGGCUGCCUGGAAGAUUUUUUCAAUUGAAUGCUUUGUACUUUGUCUUCUGAAGAAGGAUUUUAACUUUAUGGAGCUGUAGCAUUACCAGAGCUUGCAGCAAAGUGAAACUCGGAAGAAAGUGUGCAUUUUUCCGUGGGAAAAUUUACAUUGCAUUGAAGCAGCUGCUCCAACAGUGCAUUGCUGAGUGUUUCAGGGAGUGUUACUGCUGUACAGAAUCUGCUGGACAAGAUGAAGCUUUGGACUUUUAUUCUAUAUUCAGUUGUGGUUGCAUCUGAUCCUUUCCAGUCACAGCCCUCUUUUUCUUCAGCCAGAGGAUCUUGUCAGAAUCUCUGUUCCUGUGAAGAAAAGGAUGAUACCAUUAUUAUAAACUGUGAUGAAAGAGGCAUCAAGAUGGUUUCAGAAAUAAAUGUCCCACCAUCACGGCCUUUCCAUCUUAAUUUGUUAAACAAUGGCCUGAGUAUGUUACACAUGAAUGAAUUUGCUGGCCUUGUUAAUGCUAUCUCUCUACAUCUUGGUUUUAACAAUAUUGCAGAUAUUGAGCCUGGGGCUUUCAAUGGUCUCAGCCUUCUUAAACAACUUCAUAUCAAUCACAAUUCUUUAGAAACACUUAAAGAAGAUACGUUUAAUGGAUUGGAAAAUUUGGAGUUUCUUCAAGCAGACAACAAUUUCAUCACAGUGAUUGAAGCAAGUGCCUUCAGCAAGCUCAACAGGCUUAAAGUGCUUAUUUUGAAUGAUAAUGCCAUUGAGUAUCUUCCUCCAAACAUAUUUCGUUUUGUGCCGUUGACCCAUUUAGAUCUGCGUGGAAACCAGUUACAGACACUGCCUUAUGUUGGCUUUUUGGAACACAUUGGUAGAAUACUAGACCUUCAGCUGGAAGAUAAUAAAUGGGUCUGUAACUGUGAUUUGUUGCAGCUCAAGAUAUGGCUAGAAAACAUGCCUCCUCAGUCAAUAAUAGGUGAUGUUGUAUGCAAUAGUCCUUCAGUUAUUAAAGGCAGCAUCUUAAGCCGGUUGAAAAAAGAAUCACUUUGUCCUACUCAUCCUGUCAACGAACUUGAAGAUCCUUCAGGGUCACUACCCCUGGUUGUGACCACCUCUAUCAGUGAUAGUCACCUAUCAACUAAGGUGAUUCCUCUUCUGAAAGCUCCUACUAAAGAACCAAGUUUAGUGCUUCACACUUCAAAGCCUACUACGUUUCCAGGAAUCUCUUGUCCCGUCCCCUGUCACUGCACCAGCCAUAUGCUCUCAGGAGUUCUUAUGCACUGCCAGGAGCGAAAUAUUGAAAGUUUGUCUGACUUAGGACCACCUCCUCCAAAUCCUAAAAAGCUUAUUCUGGCUGGAAACAUUAUUCAGACAUUACUGAAAUCAGAUCUGGUGGACUAUGCCAGCCUGGAAAUGCUUCACCUGGGGAAUAAUCGCAUUGAAAUCCUUGAGGAAGGUUCCUUUAUGAACCUGACUAGACUACAGAAAUUAUAUCUCAAUGGCAAUCAUCUUACCAAGUUAAGUCAGAACCUUUUCCUUGGCCUUCAGCACCUUGAGUACUUGUACCUUGAAUAUAAUGCCAUCAAAGAAGUUUUGCCAGGGACAUUUAAUGUAAUGCCAAAACUGAAAGUCCUCUACUUAAAUAACAACCUUCUGCAGGCUUUGCCACCUCAUAUCUUUUCAGGUAUUCCCCUCACUAGAUUAAAUCUGAAAACAAACCAAUUUGCUCAUUUGCCAGUGAGCAAUGUCUUGGAUGAACUGGAUAUGCUGGUACAAAUAGAACUUGAAGACAACCCUUGGGACUGUACCUGUGAUUCAGUUGGUCUGCAAAAAUGGAUACAAAAACUGAGUAAGAAUACCAUGAUGGGUGGUAUUUUUUGCAAAUCUCCGGGGCAUCUAGCAAAAAAGGAAUUAAAAUCCCUGAACAGUGAAGUCUUGUGUCCGGGUUUAAUAAACAGCCCUGCCCUACCAACUCAUGCCAAUUUUGUAGUUUUGACAACUUCUUCUCCUACUGCCAACACUGCAGAUACCAUCCUACGGUCCCUUACAGAUGCUGUCCCACUUUCUGUUCUAAUCUUAGGACUGCUCAUUGUGUUUAUAACUAUUGUAUUUUGCGCAGCAGGAAUAGUUGUUCUUGUUCUUCAUCGGCGACGAAGGUGCAAAAAGAAGCAGGUGGAUGAGCAAAUGAGGGACAGUAGCCCAGUUCACUUGCAGUACAGCAUGUACGGGCAUAAGACAACACACCACACAACAGAACACCCAGCUGCCACUCUCUAUGAGCAACGUAUGGUCACCCCCAUGGUGCAGGUCUACCGAAGCCCGUCCUUCAGCCCCAAGCACACUGAGCAACAACAGCAGGAGGGAAGUGAGAAGGACGCUAACGAUUGCAAGUAUCUUCGCCGAAGUCUCCUGGAAAGAGAGAAUAGUUCACCACUUACAGGUCCAAAUGUCAAAUACAAGGCUACAGAUCAAUCUGCUGAAUUUCUGUCUUUUCAGGAUGCUAGCUGCUUGUAUAGAAACAUUCUUGAGAAAGAGAGAGAACUCCAGCAACUAGGGAUCACAGAGUACCUAAGAAAAAAUAUUGUCCAGCUCCAGCCUGACAUGGAAGUUCAUUAUCCUGGAGCACAUGAAGAGCUGAAGCUAAUGGAGACACUCAUGUACUCCAGGCCAAGAAAGGUUUUUCUAGAACAAACUAAAAAUGAGUAUUUUGAACUCAAGGCUAACUUACAUGCUGAGCCUGACUACCUGGAAGUCCUGGAGCAACAAACAUGAGGUGAUAAUAUUUUGGGCUGGGGCCGAAUUUCUGUAAUUUUAUUUUAAGUUGGAACCAUUGUAAAUAAAAGUGCCUUACAUGUCAACAGUCAGAACUUAAGCACAGCAGUAAUCCUAGCAAAGAAAAACUCAGGGAUCACUGUGGGAAGCCAUGGGACUGUGUGCAGGCAAUAUGUCUCACCCCAAAUAAAACAUGAAUUUUGUGUGAUUGAAGUGUGGGAGGAAGAUUGCUUAUUGCAAUAUUCCUUAUAACUUUAAAAAGUUGUGUAUGGCAUUCCAUUCUGUACCCUAUCCAUGGGAAAAUAUUCAUUAUCUUUACUUUUUUU